AUGACUGUGAACGGUGUUGCUACAGGUACAGAUGCAAGCGCUUCCGCUGGCGAAGUCUUCGAGGCGAGGUAUGCGAUCAAUUCCCCUCGGCCACUGACCGAGGGGGAUAUCACUGGGUGUCUGCGGGCCAUUAAGCUUCCCAUGGAGUUCGUGGAGGUCAAUGCUACGAAGAAGACUGUCGAUGUGAAGAGCGGUGUCGCUCCCUCUGUGAUCGUGCGUGCGUUCCAGUCUGCUGGGCUGGACGCUAUCUUGAGAGGGUCUGGUGAACCGAACUCCUCUGGUGUAGCGAUCCUCGAAACGUUUGACACGGUGAGUGGGUCUGAAGUGGAGGGGCUCGUGCGGAUGGUGCAAGUUGGUGACAAGAAAACCAUGUUCGACGUGACUGUGAACGGUGUUGAGCACCCGGGUCAAUACUCCGUGGCCGUCCACGAGUGCGGGGACGUGUCCCGUGGGUUACAGUCCACGGGCCGUGUGUUGCACCAAUUUGACGGUACAGUGGACUGCCAUUUGAACUCGGCGGACUCCCCGGGGAAGUUCAGCGGGCAGGCGUUUCUGAGUGCGCCGUUGCAACCUUGGGAGGUCAUUGGCCGGUCGAUUAUCGUGUCCCGUGAUGGCCAAGCUGCGAUCGGUGGAGUCGUCGCGAGAAGUGCUGGUGUAUGGGAGAACGACAAGCGUGUCUGUGCAUGUACUGGGAAGACCAUCUGGGAGGAGCGUAAGGAGGCUCGUGACAGAAACAUCAACUAG